AUUAUAUGAAUUAACCUUUGCCUCACAUGUCAUUGUGAUUGUCAGUGUCAGGACAGCACAACGUUUCAACUUUGUUUAUACAUUUAGGGAAAACAAUGGCGAACGAAGAAUGCCGUGUAUUGUCGAUACAGAGUACUGUCGUGUUUGGUUAUGUCGGAAACAAGAGUGCUUCAUUCCCAUUACAGCUCCUUGGUUUUGAUGUUAGUACAAUAAACUCAGUACAAUUUUCUAACCACACAGGUUAUGGAAAGUUCAAAGGACAAGUUUUAAAUGAUGAUGAUGUUGAGUGUUUAUAUGAAGGCCUCAAAGAAAACAAUAUACACAACUUUACUCAUUUACUCACAGGGUAUAUAGGAUCCAAAUCAUUCCUUCAAAAAGUGGGAGAUAUUAUAAAAGAUAUGAAGAAAACUAAUCCUACACUGACAUAUGUGUGUGAUCCAGUGAUGGGAGACAAUGGUAAAAUGUAUGUUCCAGAAGAGUUAUUACCUGUAUAUAAAGAAACCAUUUUACCUCUAGCUGAUAUCAUUACACCAAACCAAUACGAAGCAGAAUUGUUGACGGGGAGAUCUAUAAAAAGUGAAGAAGAUGCUCUGCUGGCAAUGGAUGAUCUCCAUAACAUGGGUCCACAGACUGUUGUUAUUAGUAGUAGUAACCUUGGAAGUAAUGGUACUAUAAUGAGCCUAGCUAGCACAGUAAAAAAUGGUUGCAAAGAAAAAUUCAAGAUCGAGUUUAAACUCCUACCAGCCAUAUUUGUAGGAACUGGUGAUUUAUUUGCAGCCUGCUUAAUGGCAUGGAUGCAGACAGAUAAAAAGUUACAGGUUGCUUUAGAAAAAACUUUAUCUACCUUACAAGCUGUGAUUAAAAGAACACUUACAUAUGCGCAAGAGCAAGCAGGGCCUGGUAACACACCAAACUCAGCACAGAUGGAACUAAGACUAGUACACAGUAAAAAAGACAUAGAGAACCCGAACAUUAUCUUUAAAGCUGUCCAACUUUGAUGAAGGGCUAUUGUUAGAUAUUUAUUUAUUGUUAAAACUAGUGAUUCCAUUCCUUCAUCAUAACACAAAUACAUGUUCAUAGCUUCCAGGGAUUCUUGACAUAGAACCUCAUUAUUCCAUAGAAAAUAAACCUUUUUCUAAAACUGCUAAGUCAGUAAUGAAAUAGAAGUGAGCAAAUAUGAUCAAAACAUUGAUUUACAAAAUCAUCCAUGCAUUUAGAUUUCUAAUAUGAUGAAUUUAUUCACUUCUCUAACAUUGUCAAAAUUUAAUUGAAAAAUAUAUAAGUGGAAAUUUUACCAAAGCUCUGUUACAUACAUUUCUGUAAUAGAUUCAGAUUAUAAGUUAUAUGGUUUGGCCUCACCCCCUAUGGAUUUUACUAACCCUCUUUGGAUCUGUAGGGUCAUUUAUCUAAUGCUGGACUUUUUCUGCUGUGUUUUGUUGAAAAAUAAACAAUGAAACACUCAACAUUAAUAGAUGACGUCACCAUUAACACGUCAUGAAAACCCUAUGGAACCUACUAACCCCCUAUGGUCUCAUAGGGGGUCACCAUGUGACUGCGUUUAACCAAUCACAAUGUGAUCAUUCAUCUGUGGUCCAAUAACUAUAAUUUGUUUUCCUCCUUUGUAACAUUGUUAGUGAGUUAGAGUGUCAUUUACCAUAGUAAAUAUACAAGUUGUUGUUUUUAAGAAAGGCACUAAUUUUGAACUAAAAUAUUGAAUGCUGUGUCUUCCUGCUUUUCUUAAUGAAAGUAAUAGAUUGGUCUUAAGUCAACACUUAAUCAACAAAAAAAUUAUUAUAUGUUCUAUCAUACAUUAAUUAAGCUGUUAUGUUUUACUUUGCUGUGUUUCUGUAAAACUGAACAAAUAGAAGAUGGUACAUUUGGUACAGACCUAACUGAUUGGUUGUAUAGAUAAAUACUAAUCUAGGCUUAGUUGUGGGGCACAUUGGGGUGUAAGUCUCAUCCAAAAUUGGCCCAUUUUUUGUAAGCAUGACAUGUGAAAAUAGGUAAAAAAAAGUUAGGCAGGACACAAGCCCUCUUAUUACCAUGAUAAGCUGGGCACAGGGAUCUUUGAUCACAAUGCACAUUUAUUUUAUUCUAUUAUACUUUUUAAUUUAUUACAAUAAGCCAACAUCAUGUUUCAUGAAUACAAAACCAGUCUGGUUUUACUAGACAUACUCAUAUUGGUAAACUCAAAUGAUAUUGUUAUUGAAGUACACUUCAAAUUAUUAGGGUUUUAUUUUACAGAAUUUACUCACUUACUAUAAUUUUCUUUACAAUUUAUGAUUUAUUGAAUAUUUGCGACAUUUUAUGUUAGUGGAACAAAAAGAUGCUGUUGAUAUAUAUUUUUAU